AUUAAAAAUCAUAGUUCGAUUUAAUCUUCGGAAUUCAAUUUCAUAUCAAAAUGAAACAAUCACAUUUCGCAUUCAUUAUUGCGUGUUGUAUUUUAUAUACAUUCCGUUCGGAUAUGCUUAAUCCAGCGGCGGAAAUUUUGAAACUUGGUGAAGGUUGUCCAACCAAUAUUAGUGGAUUGUCUAAUUUCACAUUAGACGAAUUAAGUGGACUAUAUUCAGCUGCUGCAGCCCUCUCUAAUUCUGAUGGCUCAAGAGAUUAUUGUUACAAAAUGUGUUUUCAACAAGUCAAUAAUGAUCGGACUGAUGUGAGAGUUGCAGCCAAAAAAGGAUACUUUAGAGUACCGUGGAGCGUUGAUUUGCGUUUCCAAAGAACCAGUGAUAAUGGUACAUUCGAAAUGCGUACUAGUCUUACCGGUUUUCUAACAUUGGGAGAAGCCUACAUACUAUCAAAUAGUUCAACAGUUUUAUACUACUCUUGCAGAAAUGACUUAUUGGGAAGUUAUCGUGAAGCUUUGGUAUUAUCAAAGAAUGAAACAACAAACUUAUCUGCAGAGGAUUUACAAGCUGCUAAAGACGUUUUAAAAGCUCAGAAUUUGGACUUUGGUUUGAUGAAAACUGUCGAUCAAAGUCGAGAAACAUGUUCCGGUUUAACGAGAUUCUAUAACAUGUGCAGCCAGUAAUUUUUUGUUUAUUUAUUGUAAUUAAUAAAUUUUAUUUAAAAAAAAA